AUGCGUACGUAUCUUCACCGCAAUCUCUUCCUGGCUUACUACGCCAGAACCAAGGGCCGGACCCAGGAAAUCCCGCCCGACGGCAGCCGGUCUCCCCUUCCGGCCUCCGGCGCCCGGUCGCCGCUGCCGCCCCGGACACCUCUCGGUCGGCCUCCUUCCCGGUCAUUACCAGACCUAAGUGCCGAUGUGCGGAAUGCUCUCUCAGCACCAAAGCACGACGAUGUCAACUACCGCCACAGCUUCUGGACCCGCUGCCGCUGCUGCCGUCGUUCACGGAGCGCCAUCGACCUGCUCCGUAGAGUGGUUCUCGUACCGCUAGCCGACUUAUUCUGGUUCCUCGAGGAAGCAGCUGAGUCUGUGCCGCCCGUCAUCCCAGCGCUCAUCUCUUGCAUAUUUCUAUUGGUGGCACUGCCGAUGCUGAUUGCGUGGGAUUUCCUCUGA